AUGCCUGAGUCUGAGAAUGUCGACGAUGUCGACAUUGAUCAGAUGUGGAAGGAGACUGAGAUUGAAUUCCAGAAUUUGAGCGGGAACAGCACAAAGGGCCUGAAGCAACUAACUGUUGAAGAUGUCCUCGCAAAUCUUAAACAGAAGAAAGAAUCAGACGCAAAGACCAUGGCAAGAUAUGCAAGGGUGCAGAAUGCCGUGGAUAAAACACUUGUCUGCAUUCAGACGCUGGGGUCCUUCGCUGCCUUGGUUGCCUCGAAUUUUUUCGGACCUGCAAACCUUUGCUUCAGCGCUGUUUCCAUGUUGAUAACUGCCUCUCAAAAGUACUCCAAAAUUUUUGACGGACUCUCAGAGCUGUUUGAGCGCAUUUCAACGUUUUUAGAUAGAUUCCAAAUCUAUGCAAGAGCCAAGGUGGUCGGGGUUAAGCUUGAUCCUCAUCUUAGAAGGAUUAUUCACGACCUGCUUCGCAGCUUCGUACGCAUCUGUGCCCUGUCUAUCAAAAUAUCAAAACAUUCCAAGGUCCUCUUGGCCCUCGAGGUGUUCAGCUUUGGAAGCGAUAAGGGUGUUUCUGCAGAACUUAGCAAACUGGAAACCUUGGUGCAGAAUGAAACCAAAAUGAGCAUUGCUCUGAUCCUGGAAUCCGCCAAAAUCAGCGAAGGAAAGAUUGCAGCUGGGUUUUCUAAUGUCAAGUCGUCUCUUGAAACGGUUGACACAAAGCUGGACACUCUUGAUGGACAUAUGGAUAAUGUUUCCACCCUCUUAGAAAAACACGAUCUUGCUGAAAGACGCAGGGAUCAAGAAGGGCUAUCUAAACAGCGACGAGACAAGAUCAAAGCUGCUUUGAAAAUUGAUAAAGAAGUGUGGAGAACCUACCAGGAAGACUAUGUGGGCAACAUUGUUCCCGGAACCGGCCAAUGGCUUCUCAACGAUCCUCAGUUUUCCGCCUGGGCAGACCCGAACACCAAGUCACCCCCCAUUUUUGGUCUCAAGGCUAAGGAAGGAUAUGGAAAAAGUUAUUUAUCGUCUGCAGCAAUCAGGCAUCUGUACCGGUUAUACCCGCCAGGGAAUCAGGACGCAAGGAUGUCUGUCGCGUAUUACUUCUUUGGGGGAACCACCUUUAACUCUACGGAAAAAUCUGUGAAUAUCGCCCUCCGAUCCAUCAUCUGGCAGCUCACUCAAAAUGAUGCAGUGUAUCAGAAGAACGUCGCAUCUGCCUGCGACAAACCAGAAGAAUUUGGAGAUUCAUUGGAACUUUGGAAACAACUUGUGGUCAAUUUCUCGCCUAAGACUAAUGCUGUUUUCUACAUUGUCCUUGAUGGUAUCGAGGAGCUUGACAGCGAGAUUGGGAAACCCCUGGUUGAAGUCUUCCGUGACAUAUCUGCCAUGGCAAAUGAAAAGAGUAUGAUGACAGUGAGGUUAUUCAUUACCGGUAGACCAACCAUUUUCUCUGAAGCCGAGACAGCUUCUGGGGUUUCUCUAUCCACUAUCGAGCUAGGUAUUCGCAACAAAGAGGACAUUGAAAAGUUCAUUGAAAUGCGAAUGGACAAUAUGGAAAUUCUCAAAAAUAAGGAGAAGCCAGAGAUCAUGGAGCUUAGGGACCUGGUCAAAACUGGUCUUGGCAAAGGUACCCAAGGUGACUACUUCCAGUUGAACUAUCUCUUAGCUGAAAUAAGUAAGAAGAGGAGGAAAAAGGAAAUUCAGGAGGUACUGGAACAUGCUGGUGAGGAUCGAGAGGCUACAAUAGCUCGUGAGAUCGACCGCCUCAACCAUACUCUCGGAUAUGAAGACAUCCAGGAUCUUGUGGCCAUACUUAGCUGGACAAUGGGCGCAAAACGUGCUCCUUUCCUGAAAACCCUUGAAGGAGUUCUUUUGAUCAAGAAUGGCGAGGCCUCACUUAUGCCACUGGAGGAACAAGUCCGGACUAAAUAUUCUGCAUUGCUUGAGAUAGCAGAGUAUAACUCCGUCAUACUCCGAUCCAAGGCUAUCCGCGAAUUUUUCAACAAACAGACAAAACAAGAAACUAAAGAUGCCAUUGCGAAUACCGAGCUACACCCAGCUGAAGUUGCCAUUGUGAGGAGAUUCCUUAACAGCGUUUGUGACAAGGAGUUGUUUGACAAAUUUGGAUUUGAAGAAUUUUUUAAGUCCAAGUUGGGGUCCAAAUCUGCUUCAAUCCGUGUGAAUAUGGAGACUCUUAAAGUUCACGUCAUACUUGUGGGUAUGAAGUCCGUAGCGAAUGAGAGAGACGAGGAGAUGCAAGCCCUAAGGAAUGCACACUUCUACUCCUUUCAGGAGUGUUUGGAAGAAGUUGACCUGGCGCUUACGCAACCUGAGCCGAAAACCGAGAUCGGUUCAUAUCUUAUCAAGCACUUUACUGACGAGACAUACAUGAGAAAAUGGUGGAUUGCAGAUCGUAUGUUCCAACGAAGCUGGUGGUCGUACGAGGACAAGCAUGUUAAUACGAUGCUCAAAUGGUUUAAGGAUUCAGCAGUUACUAGGAAUUUAUCAGCUGAAAUGAAGGAAUGGGUGAACGGACUAAUCUCGAAUAUUAACCCAAAUGAUGACCUUCUCUCCCAUACCGCAAAGUACCUUGCAAAACAAUGGCUGCAAACUGUGAACUGGGAGUCUCGAUAUCUUUUUUGGUGGUUACUGGGAUAUGUAACUAAGAUCAAAGCGCGUAAAGGGGAAGGUAAGCGGGUUACAUCAGAUGUUUCCCCUACAUUGGAGCAGAUUUACGAUGUAGAAAAUUGGGCAAAAUCUGAACUCAACAUUGACACUGCCGAUACACUCUGGGAAGUGCAGAUGGGGAUCACCCUCCAUAACUUUGGAUUUUACAAAGAAUCUAUCGAAAGAUGCAUUAAAUCUCGUGGCCUAGACGCCUCAAACUGGCGUGCCUCUUACAUCCAAGCUGAAUCAUGUUGGGAAAUGGAUGAUACAAACACUUCGCUGGAACUGAUAAUGCCCGUGAUGGAACGAUUCAGAAAUGAGGAAGCAUUAAGGGUCGAAUAUGAAGAAAAGUUCUAUCUUGGAGUCCUUGCAUCAUACGGAGUAUGGAAUACCGAGAUCAAGGAGUACGACAAAGCCACUACUGCUUUCCAGGAAAUUCACGAGCAUGACAUGGACCAAUAUGCACCCAUAUAUUGGACUUUGGAACUGCUCGAACAGCAGGAGAAAUACACAGCUAUCAUUGAAACUCUUCAAGAUUUGAAGGGUAAGCAAAACAAAGAGGGGAGAAACCGGCUCACAGCAAUGCAUCACCAAUAUGCAAACAAGGACGAGUACUUCACAAGAUUGAACACGGCUGGAUUCCACUCCUCCAGCAUAGAUGUUGUCCGCGACUCUAUGUACGAAGCACUUGCGCCAGAAAACGUAGUGGGAGUAAUCCCAUAUGUCACCUCAUGGUUGAACUACUUCCUCGCCAAGUUAUUAUACCAUUAUCCGAGGACUGAUGCAGAUAAGGCAGAAGCCAUCAAAAUAUGGGCACAUAUUGUGAACAAAUCGGCCCGCAAGAUUUACCUUGUAAGCGAAGCUGAUGUCCUGGAGGCGACUACUGAAAAGUUAGGAGAGGUAUACCUGCAUCAAGCGAUCGAUGCUGGGGUCGACACACCAGCUGCCGAGGAGUAUUUGAAGAAAUUAAUUGACUUGCGCCCCGGUGCGAAGGAUGAAACUUCUUUCUUCACUUGCCAAAACCUACAGUUCGCGAUCGCUCGACUACAGUAUCUGAUGGGUCAAAAAGCAAAAGCAAUGGAUACUCUUAGGGGUCAUGUCAAGGUGGCACUGGACUUGCUUUGUGAUGAUGAUGACAGUAACGACUCGGAUGCAUUCUUGAGACUGACAUCUAUGACAUAUGUUGGUGAUGAUGUCAAUGCUCUCGCUGCUUGGACCGCGCUCAGGCCAUCUGUCCAUACAGAGACGGCGGAGGAAAACGAAGCAGAUAAAAAGGAGGAAUCUUCGGCCGAGGAGAAUACCGUGAACGAUGAUUGCAAAGAGAAAACAGACACGGACGUAAAGGAAGAAACUACAACGCCAGCCAAUGAAGAUGCAGAAGAUGUCAAAUCCGCAGAAGUCACCGAGGUUGAAAUCGAAAAAAUCAAUGUGACAGUGGUAGCAGAGAUAGCAGAGAUAAAGGUGACUGAAGUCGAAGUUGAAAACGAUGCCAGUGAAGAGGGCAAGGAGCCAACGGAUGGAGAUGAAGCGCAGGAGCAGGAGAACCAAGGGGAAGCUGAGAACGACGACGACGAUGAUGACGACGAAACCUUACCUGGGCCUCUCGAGUUGUUUUGCGAUGGUGGCUGCGGGCGUCAAUGGACCUACGCGAGCGAAUUCUACGCCUGCAGCGACUGCUUGGACGUGCAGUUCUGCGCCGACUGUCAUUCUCAGCUGAAAAACGACGGGAAAGACUUGAAAGUGUGUGGAAGGAAUCAUGCUUUUGUAUUUGUUCCUCCUUAUGACCCAGAAACUGCAAAACAAGUGCCAAACGGGUCCGUUCGCGUUGGAGACGAAAUCAUCCCUGUCUCUGAAUGGGUGAAGCGGCUGAGAGUACAAUGGGGAAUUGUAGAGGAAGAGGCGGAACAGGAGAAGCCGGAAGAGGAGGCAUCUACAUGA